AUUUUGGUGUUCGAUUUUGAGUAAAUAUGAAUUUAAUAGAAAUCAACAUUUGCGUAGGCGUAGCUACGAAAUGCUACUCGGAAAAAUAAUUCAAGAGUUCGUUUUUAACUUUAGAAUGGAUUCUAUCUGAUACGUAUGAUCUUGAAAUAAAGUAUGCCGCUUACAAUUGUAAACAAAAGUAAAAUGAUUGCUGAAAUCAUGAAAUUUUCGUUUCACCACAGAGCAUUUUACUGCUAUGUUGGAAUGAGUAUAUGGAUCUGUUUUUUAAUAACGGUCAUGUACAAAUACAUAUCAGUUGGAGAAGAUGCAACUGUCAUCAAGAAGAUUGUGCAGAAUGAAUACAUGUCCAAAAGUGAUAUCAAGUAUAGGAAGAUAUAUCUACGUUCUUGUAACCCACCUGACAGUAUUGUGAGGGGAGCUGAAGCCAUGGUGGACAGUGAUACUUGGCUUCUGCAAGGAGUGCUUGUGGUCACAAGACACGGUGACCGAGGACCCCUCACACAUCUGCACGGGGGUGACAAACUGCCCUGUGACACCCCACCGCCAUCUCCAUUGCUGAAGACGUAUGAAGAAUGGGUGUCAAACACGAGCUCGGCCGGGCGCGCGUGGUGGGUGGCGGGGCCGGGGCCCUUCCACAACUUCCCCGCGCUGCCGCCGCGCGCCGCCACGCGCUGUGCGCUCGGACAGCUCACGCCGCAAGGACUGCUGCAGAUGCUGACUGUCGGCAAUAUUUUGAAAGAGGCUUAUGGAGAAAAACUUGGGCUAGAAAAUUCGGAUCCAACGGGAAAACGAGACACUGGAGACGUUAUAAUGUACAGCACGCGAUACCGCCGAACCUUCCAAUCUCUAGCAGGACUCGCCUGGGGCCUAGCCGGUUCCAAUGCGGGCGCUCGACUCGCGAAAGCGAGAGAGAGUCAUAGCGUCGCCUUCUGCUUUCGAGAAUGUGCUUGCGCGGCUCACCACGCGCUCAACAAAAAAAUCAGCAUCCAAGCUAAACACCGCCUAGACAACCACCCCGCACUCAAAGAGCUGGUCACCAAACUAUCCACAGUCCUCUUCGAGUCGCAGGAGCACCCGGACCCCGACGUGGUCCGCGACGGCGCGCUGGCGCACAUGUGCCACGACACAACACUGCCCUGCGUCAGGCGGCCCGAGAAACAGAAGAUCAGCUUGAAGAAGCUGAGGCAGGAUACCGUGCCGGGGAAGAAACUGCUGGAGUAUGAGGUAAGUAUGGAUAAAAAAUAUGAAAGUGAUACAUCUAACGAAAAUGGAAGCAGCGAAAGUCUUAACAGGGAUAGUAGAUUAGAGAAAGAUAAACCAAAUGUGAAAAGACAUAAAAUGGUUAAUGACGAUAUCUUACUUCAAAGAAAUUUACAAGAGGCAACUAAUAACAAUAACAUUGAAUCUGAUAAAAUGAAACAACAGACGAAAAAAAAUACAUCUGAAACUAACAUAUUUGAAGACCAUAAUGUUCUUGACAAGGACGAUACAUUAGAACAACAUAAACAUAAUGUUAAAGGGCGUGAAGUGAUCCGUAAAGAUUUAUCUGAAAAGUAUUUGCUUGAUAUUGAAAACGAUAAUGAUAAAAAUCCCUUGAAAAAUCAGAAAGAAACUGUGCCUAAAAGGAAUUUAUUAGACAUAGAUAUAGACACUCUUAACAUGGAAUUGGAUUACAUUAACAACCAAUUAGAUUUCAAUAAUGAGAUAGGACGAAAAGCUAGAGAUAUCAUCGGUAAAUAUUACGAUACUAAAGAUAAGCAGAAGGCUCCUUUAGAUUUCGAUGCUCAAAUGGAAAGAGAGAAGCUACUAUACUAUCAGCAGAGAUACAUGGAUAAUGCUGAUGCAUAUGACGAUGUUGUUAUUGUUAAAAAGAAUUUGGACGCAGACUUUAAUUUUCCAAAUGACGCUCGUAUGGAUACAGAUUUCGAUGAAGAAUAUAAAGAACCUACGCCAGAAAUAACAGAAGAAUUUUGUAUAAGAAAGGACCACAUUACUUCUCUAUUCGCGUAUUUAGAAUGGAGCUACAGACAAGAAAUCAAAAAUAUACAUAACAGAAAACGAGGCUUGCUUUUAGCGUACGGCUUAAUGCACAACAUAGUGCAAAAUAUGAUUAAAAUGAUCUCAGAGAAUAAACCUAAAAUAGUCAUUUACUCAGGACAUGAUAAAACUCUGCAACCAUUGAUUUUAGCACUUGGACUCACAAAUUAUCAACACUACAAUGUAAAUUAUGCCUCAAGAAUGAUAUUCGAAGUUUACAGAAAGAAAGAUUUGCGCGACGAAUUCAAAUUCACGAAGAGGAAAGCCGUUGCGCAAGAUUUUUACUUUCGAGUCGUUUACAACGGGGAAGACGUUACUAACAAGUUAAGUUUUUGCAAAAAUAAGCAGAGUAUAGUGAUGAAAGUAGCGGACCCGAUAGACGAUAUGAAGACGUAUAAUACUUACCUAUGUCCAAUAGAAAACGUUGUUAGAUUUAUACAUGACGAUUAUUUCGCUAUUUUUAACGUGACCAACUUCAAGGAUGCUUGUGCGACCUAUGGGAAUCUCAAGCGUGUUUAGGUUACUUGUUAUACUAUUGGAUAUUAUUAUAUAUUAAUUAGCAACGUCCAAAAUGGAGAUAAAACUUAGUAAUUGGCACUGCAGAUGCAGACCAAAUAAUGUGAUUUAAAGUAACAUAAUGCGAUCUCUUGUACGCCACUACAACGUUAAUUCUUCUUAUAAGACUUAAAACAAAUAAACUGGCAUGAAUGGAUGUGACUACCUAAACCUGUAUUUGUAUAUAAUUUGAAUUAUUUACUUGCCGAAUGAACGUUGGGUGGUCAAUUUUUUAAUGGAAAAUGUUUAACAUUGCAGAAAUGUAAAAUAGUUAUCGAGAAAUCUCUUAUAUCAAAACAUAAUGAAAUCAUCAUCUAAUCUGCAUUAUUUAAAGUCAAGAAAAAAUACAAAAAGGCUAUGCAUAAUUUCUAGUUUAAUUUAUACAAGUUUGUAUAAUAUAUUUUUACUAAACAUUCCGAAGGUAGCUUAUUACUUGUAACACGGAUCUCAAUUAAGUUAACACGGUACUUAACUAUACAUAUCUACUAAUAACGAGUACAUUGUACAUAUCUCAAAGGCUAUAUUAUUUGAUAAAAUACUCUUAGCGACCUACUAGAUCUUACUUAAUGACAUUGAAUUGUUAACAUAUCAUUCUUUUCCUUGCCCUUAGUGUGAGAGUAGAAUAAGAAAUUCUAUAAGUACUUCGAUCGAUACAGCCAUUCUAAGAUAACUUUAUUAUUUUGUUUUAAAUUUAAGUAGUUUUAUAAAAAACUUGUAAAAUGCAUUUACUGUGAACUGAAUAUGACUUUUUUGGAAUUUAGGUUUAUUUAUACUGAAAAUUGCCAAUCUUGUCAGUAAAAAAGGUCUGGGAGCGUAGCCGAAUGGCAUUUCUGCCACACGAAACGCCACCAAAACGCCGCAGAAAUGUAGUCUGGCUCUGUUGCGCCAAUUCGCAAGAGCGAUAGAGAUAGAUAGCCACGAAAGAGAUAACGUGAGCGUUUGUGCAUUCGGCCAUAGAGACAUUCGGCUACGCACACUGAUGUUUUUAAAUUUGCUAUCUUUUUUAGUAACAAGAUUGCUGUGCCAGUUUAUACUAAUAUCUAAUGUGACUUACAUAUCAUAUGUAAUUAUAAUUAUGUAGUGACAUUUUAGUUUAUAAUUAUCUAGAUUGAAAUCUAAGACUGUACUACCUGUAAAUACCAAUAAUUCUGCAUAAUAAUGUUAAUGAGUAAGACAUUUUAUUUGAAUUCCUGUUUUAUUCAUUUACUAUCGAAAUAAUACAUUCCAUUUUUUAUACAAACUUUAAUAAUUUAUUAAUAUUAUUUUUUCAAAUUCAAUGUAAAAGGCUAGAACUAUAAAAUAAGAAGUGUCUUUCAUUUAUUAAUUUAUUUGUUCUAACUGUGAAUGAAAUACCUGACCUAAACAUACCUGAAAAUCGCUGAAAAAUUUGUUUGUAAAAUACUGCUUUUUAGUAAUAGUGUACAGUCACCGGCAUAAAUAUGUGAUGAUUUCUAUACCUUGUCACAUUAACGUCUUGUUUGAAAUGUCAUGCGAAAUUGUCAAACGAUUAAAAGCGACUAGGUACAGAAAUCAUCACUUAUUUAUGCCGGUGACUGUACCAAUAGUUCAAAUAUGAAGAUGCUUAUAAUGCUGAUAGGAGAGACGUUUCUCAUUUGUUCUAGAUGAGCCCUGAUGACAGCUCUAUUUUGUUGUGUUGUGUUCCUAUUACUAGUUAUAUGUUAACCCUUUUUCAUGUCGCUGGUGAUUGAUCUCAAGAAAAGCAAGUUUAGUGGAUUUGGUAAUAUUUUGAAUGGGAAUAUCCAUAGACUUCUGUUUCGUGACGUUGACGUGUCUGUUAACUGUAGUUUAUGCAACUGGUCUAUAUUCAAUGGAUCGGAUAAAGCGUACAAGUGAAUUUAUUGUUAGUAGAAUGAAGAGAGAGUCCGUCAUUUUGAACACCUCGCCCGCUUAGCGAUUUCUGCUGCUGAAUGUACCUGGAAUGAAAAAGGGUUAAGGUUCUUAUUAAAUAACUAUUGUGCCAUGACUAUUGUAACAUUCAGUUCUGUUAAUAUUUAUAAAUAUUUAAUUAUUUUUAACGUUACCAUAUUUUAAUGCAAGACUGCAGCUAUAAAUUAUUAUUUUAACUUGUGAUAUUUUGAAUGUCUUAGAAUUUAUAACUUUAUUUUUUAAAGAGAUCUGUUUUUAAUAUUCAUAAUCUUAGUAAUGAAUGCGUGUCCACAUAAUAUUUAUUUUUGUUUUCCAUGAAAUUAUGAUUUAUUUUGGUAUCCAAUUGGAGUAAUAGAAACCAGUGCUUUUUGUGUAGAAUUUGUAUUUAAAUAACCUACAACGCAUAAUAACCAUAUGUGACCUUGACUAGUUUCAACUUGUACCUACCUAUUUUAUUACACAAUUCUUUCGCAUCAUCGAUUAUUAAUGUUCUUUUGUAUAAUGUGUAACCGUAAAGGUAAGAAUCCACAGGAUCGCAUGCAUCGGACGCAUUAAUUGUAUAAAAAAAUCACACAAAUGCCACCCACCGUUUGGUAUCCGUAUCGAAAAUAUCAGUGGAUGCGAUGCGUCUGAUGCUUAUCACUACGAACAAAUCGACGCCUACUUUACGUUCCUAUUUUAACCCACCGUUUUUAGGUACUUAUACGACUAAUAAAAUAAAGGAUGUAAUAUUUUUCACAAUCUCGGACUCCUGGAUGUUGUAAGUGUAUCAUGGUCUUUAUUUUGAUCUGUAGCACUUUACACAAAGUACUGUUAAAGAGACCAGCGGCCUGUUAUGGUUGUCAAAUAGCUGCACUCAAGGCACAACUCGGACACUGGCGAUUAAAUAUAUGAAAGAGGCGCGUUUCUAGCACACAGUCUAAGCUCGUGUAGGUGAACGCGUACUAUGCUUG